CAUGAGUUUGGGAGAGUGUGUGAGACUCUGCACGUAGCUCAGCGGAAUCCCCACUGCCAGAUGGCGAGGAGAAGAGCGGUGUAGCCUCUCAGAUAAAGCUCAGCUGCACACCAGAAGCAUCGUAAACACAAAAGAGUCUUCCAUCCAUACUGAGCUCCUCAUCAGCAUCACUAGAGCAACAUCUGGAUCGACCCGCUGUUUCUCUGCGCGUGGUGACAACCUGAAAGGAUGGCGUUGUCUUGGUUCCUUUUGAGUUUCCUCUUCCAUUCCCUGUACGCUCACAAUGAUUUCUUCACUUCUAUAGGCCAGAUGACAGACUUACUGUACACAGAGAAGGGCCUGGUGACAUCACUAAAAGAAUACAUUAGACAAGAGGAGAACAGACUAGAGCAGGUCAAAGAGUGGGCAGACAAACUGGACUCACUGACGAACACAGCCACGCAAGACCCAGAGGGAUUCCUGGGGCACCCGGUCAAUGCAUUCAAACUGAUGAAAAGACUCAACAGUGAGUGGGCCGACCUGGAGAGCCUGGUGCUGAAAGACACCACCAACGGGUUUAUCUCUAAUCUGACAGUCCAGAGACAGUUUUUCCCAACAGACGAGGACCAGACAGGAGCAGCCAAAGCUUUGCUUAGAUUACAGGACACAUACCAGCUGUCUGCCAACACCAUCUCUAAUGGAGACUUGCCUGGUGUUGUGCACAAGAGCCGGAUGACGGUGGCAGACUGCUAUGAGCUGGGGAAGAUUGCAUACUCUGAGGCAGAUUACUACCACACAGAGCUUUGGAUGGCUCAGGCCCUCACACAGCUGGAUGAAGGCGAGGAAUCCACCAUAGACAAGGUCACAGUUAUGGACUACCUCAGUUAUGCAAUCUACCAGCAGGGGGAACUAGAGCGAGCCCUCGAGCUCACCAAGAGGAUGCUGAAGCUGGAUCCAAAUCACCACAGGGCCAAUGGGAACCUAAAGUACUUUGAGUUCCAGCUAGAGAAGCAGAGAAAGGCAGAGGCCGAGAAGAAGGAGGUGGAAGAUAAAAAAAGAGAGCAGAAAGUGCUGGACAAACGUGAUGCUCAGAGGAAACGGUCCAAAGACCCUCUGCCAGAGAGAAAGAAAUAUGAAAUGCUGUGCAGAGGAGAGGGAGUGAAACUGACCCCACGCAGACAAAGCCGCCUGUUUUGCCGUUACUAUGACAACAAUCGUAAUCCACGGUUGCUUUUGGCUCCAGUGAAGCAGGAAGAUGAGUGGGACCGCCCACGUAUUGUCCGUUAUCAUGACAUCAUCUCUGACAGUGAGAUUGAGACAGUGAAGGAGAUGGCAAAACCCAGACUCCGUAGGGCUACUAUAUCCAAUCCCAUCACGGGCGUACUCGAGACCGCCCCCUACAGGAUCAGUAAGAGUGCUUGGCUGUCUGGAUAUGAGCAUUCUACGAUUGAAAGGAUUAACCAGCGUGUCGAGGAUGUAACAGGCCUGGAAAUGGACACAGCAGAAGAGCUGCAGGUUGCAAAUUAUGGAGUUGGUGGUCAGUACGAACCUCAUUUUGACUUUGGAAGGAAAGAUGAACCAGAUGCCUUUAAAGAACUGGGAACAGGAAACAGAAUUGCCACUUGGCUCUUUUAUAUGAGUGACGUUUCAGCAGGGGGCGCUACAGUCUUCCCUGAUGUAGGGGCAGCAGUGUGGCCUAAAAAGGGUACAGCAGUAUUCUGGUAUAACCUUUUUGCCAGUGGAGAAGGAGAUUACAGCACAAGACAUGCUGCCUGUCCAGUAUUAGUGGGCAACAAAUGGGUAUCGAACAAAUGGAUACACGAACGAGGUCAAGAAUUCAGACGACCCUGUGCAGUGUCCGAGAUGGAAUGAUCACUUCUUUUCUUCUCUUAUUUCCUGUUUAGUGUCAGUUUUAGUCAAUAUGAUGUGUGUUUAUGAAUGACUAUGCAUCAAUCUAUGCAUUUCUUCUAUUGUGCCCUUUUACUCAAAUAAUAGACCAAGAAAUGCUGUGAGGUUUCUGGGCAGGAUAUUCCCUGACUGUAGAAACUAUAAAUAUGCAUAGAUCCAAUCAAAUAUUUUAUUUUAGUUAUUUAUUUAGGGUUGAAUGAUUGAACUCCAUAUGUUUCUUUUGCACUUUCAGUCACGUCUUAAACUCCAACAGACCUCCAUUUUUUGAGAAGUUAUUCAAGUCUUUUAUUUAAACCACUGAACACUCCAUAAACCUUAAUAUAAUUGUUAUGGGAAACACAGCACAGUGCAAGACCAACUUUAAGACUAAAAGAAAAAAAAUCUGUUACAAAAAAUGUUUUAUGAACCAAAGAGUAUUUUCUUAAUUCCUGGGGCCAAUGCAAACAAUGUUUGUCUUUUUUCUUCUUCUUCUUCUUCUUCUUCUUCUUCUUCUUCUUCUUCUUCUUCUUCUUCUUUUUUUUUUAUUUUUUUUUUUUUAUUUUUUUUUUUUUUUUAAUGUGCGUAUGGAUUUUUUUUUUUUUUUUUUUUUUUUUUUUACAGAAAUAAAAUCUGACAUCAUUGUCAGUUGUCUUUGUUGCCUCAUUUCAUAAAAAAAUUGUGAGAUUGUAUUAGAAAAGUGCCAAAAAUAGACUCUUGCAUACUUCUAUACUACAAUAAUUACUUUAUUCUGGAUCAUUUAAAAUUCUAUUGGCUGGUGAUUUUUGAGGUCAUUCUGAGGUUAAUUUUUUUUUAAGCAACAUACCAAAAAUGAUUGCAUAUUUCAUCUGUUGAUUAUAUCAGUAUAACAAUUUGAGUGAAAAGUUGAAUAAAAAAAUUAAUGAAUUGA